AUGCCCAGGCUUCAGACGUACCAGCCCUUCUUGAACCUCUGGCGAUGCUAUGCGCUCCGACAUGGCCUGGCUUUCAUAUUGGAGACUGAUGACACAGAGGUGCGACCUCCGCAUCACCGAGCUCCAAACUGGUUGCGAUGGUUCACAGCCAAGAAAUACCUCGGCUACUACAAGGCACUAUUGGUUGUAGAUCCUGACCAAGUCGUGGUACCAGAAUGUUGGAACGUGUCGAUUCCUGCAGUGCUCGGAGCAUGGGCAGGUGGCAUUUACAGUGCCCCCGAUGUGGCAACUCGCGAUUUCGGUCGACCGCAGACUUUGAACAACGGAGUCGUCUUGAUUCGCUCAUCAGAUCGCGGACACUUCUUCUUGGACCUUCUGUUGGAGAAGGCUUCCUGGAUGCAGAACAUUGAAAAAGACCAGGGAGCCUUUGAUGAGACAGUGCUGGAAGUCCUUGGGAUGGAGGCAACAGCCCGUGGUGAGGAAGGUUAUGAUUCUGAAUGUGCGCAAUAUGUGUGGCCCAACGCGAAGGGCAACCAUGAGAUAGCGCUCUAUGCACUCUGCUGGUGGCGUACCAGUGAGCGGCUCGCGGUCUGCUGCCCAGGGAUGUCAUUGCAGUAUCAUUUUGCUAACAUUGCUAACAGAGUAAUAUAG